AUGACGGACAUCCACGGGCCCCGCCCAUCGGAGCCGGCCGGCAACGGUGGCACGGAACACAGCCACGAGUCGACCCCGCUUCUCCCUACCAUCGCGUUCCGAACUGUCCAUCAGACCAUCUCAAGCCGCAUUGCCCACGAAGGCGAAAGUGGUAGAAGCGGUUUUCAUCUCCGACACUUCCUGAUUGUGCUGUGGCGGAGUUCGUGCACCGCUUCUAUGCUGGUCAACUUCCUGUGGCCCAUCGUACCAAUCGCCAUCGUUCUCAACUGCCUCCCUGGACUUCACCUAUGGAAAUUCGCAACAGCAUACGUGGCCGUCGUGCCCUCGGCAAAUCUUUUGGGCUUUGCUGGACAGGAAUUCGCCCGAAAGAUGCCCAAAGUAGCUGGUAUUUUGAUCGAGACUACGUUCGGCUCCAUUGUUGAGAUAAUUCUCUUCGUGGUUCUUAUUGUCAAGCACAACACUCACGAAGGAAACGGAGACGAGGGAAACUUAAUACCCAUCAUCCAGGCUGCCAUCCUCGGAAGUAUCUUGACAAAUCUUCUGCUCUGCCUUGGGCUUUGCUUCUUUUUUGGUGGAGUUCGCAACUCUAGCCAAAAGUUCCAUGCCAUCGUCUCUGAAGUAGGGACUGGGCUUCUCUUGGUUGCCGCGUUUGGACUUUUGAUUCCGAGCGCGUUUUACUCAGCUCUUAAGGCUGAGACAUGGCCGGAACUCCCAGGUCUCCGGAUAACGUUCCAUGAAAAGUUCACAGAAGGCACACUUCAAGCUGAUGUCUUGCGCAUAAGCCAAGCCACGUCAAUUGCUUUGAUCGUGGCCUUCUUUCUCUACAUCUGGUAUCAAGCCAGCAGCCAGCACAGCAUAUUCGACGAGGUAAUUGAGAUGGAUGAGCACCGAGAUGCCGACCGUGAGGAGGACAUGGAAAAGCCCAAGUUCACCAUGACGGAAACGGCACUAGCUCUCACAAUCUCACUUGUGUUAGUGACACUGCUCCUCAUUUUCCUCGUUGAAGGCAUUGAAGAGGUCGUAGAAAGUGGGAUACCCGACCAAUUUUUAGGCUUGAUUCUCCUCCCGUUGGUUGAGAAGGCUGCCGAGCACUUGACUGCCAUCGAUGAAGCUUGGGAUGGAGUUAUCAACGUAGCGCUCUAUCAUUGUCUCGCGCCAUCAAUCCAAACAGCUCUUUUCAACGGCCCCUUGGUUGUCCUUGUUGGCUGGUCAUUGGGCAAGCCGAUGGACCUGAAUUUCGAAAUAUUCAUGAUCGGCUUGCUUGUUCUUUCCAUUCUGGUUGUGGGCAACUUUCUGCGAGACGGCGAAUCAAACUGGCUGGAGGGAGCUUUGCUCGUGGUCGUCUACGUCAUUAUCGCGAUAGCAUGCUGGUAUUAUCCGAACCCUGACGUGGCCACUUCCAAUGGCCUGGAGGGGUCAAAGAUGGUGAACAUCACUAUGACAGUUGACACUCUCCGGGAAAUCCAGCAACUCCUGGCGACGAAGCUUGAGAAUUAG